AUGAAAGCGACGACCGUCAGUCUCAAGGAGCUCGCAGAAGCGACAGUCCCGUUUGCAGCGCUCGAGGAGGCAUUCGGCGAAUCCUCACUGGGCAUCCUCGUCGUCAACGACCUCCCGGCAAGAUACACCGAGUUGCGCGAGAAGCUGCUGUCCUAUGCAUCGUAUCUGGCGCAACUUCCGGAGAAGGACCUCGACGCCCUCACCGACGCGGCGUCCCAUUACGAAAUCGGAUGGAGCCACGGCAAAGAGGCCCUCAAGGACGGACAGUACGACACCAUGAAGGGUUCCUACUAUGUGGAUUGUCAGUCUUUCUUUCUCGAACACCCCGUCGUCCCCGUCCCCGGCAAACCCGCCACCCGAGGCGCGGGGACCAACCUGUGGCCUUCGGAAUCCGCGAUGCCUGGAUUUCGGGCUACCUUCGAAGAGCUGUGCACUCUCCUGAUCGAGAUCGGAGUGCUCGUGGCCCGAGCCGUCGACUUAUACGCCAGCAAGCACAUCCCCAACUACCAGCCGGGAUAUCUCGAGCACGUCGUCAAGACGAGCCACACGCCCAAAGCCCGUUUGCUGCAUUAUUUCCCACCCUCGGAGAUGCAGAGUAGUCCACCGUCGUCCCCGUCCGCGGACUCUGCCAGUCCAUCAGACUCGGAGGACGACUCCUGGUGUGCCACCCACCUGGACGACGGCUGUUUGACGGCACUGACGUCGGCGCUGUACAUGGACGAGUCCAGCCCGCUGCCGCCACUGAGUGCCGCGCACCCCUUUCCGUCCCUACCAAUCCUGCCCGCGUCUCCCGACCCCAAGGCAGGACUCUAUAUUCGGUCUCGGGGCGACCAGGUCGUGAAAGUGGACAUUCCCGCCGACUGCAUCGCCUUCCAGACCGGCGAGGCCCUGCAGAUGAUCACGGACGGCAGGUUCAAGGCGGUGCCGCAUUUCGUGCGUGGGCCCAGCGGGUCGAGCAACGUGGCCAGGAACACCCUGGCGCUCUUCAUGCAGCCGGACCUUGAUGAGGUAAUUGAUAAAGACAAAGGGACGACGUAUGGCGAAUUCGUGGAGAUGAUCGUGGCGAGGCAUGCAUGA